UGUUACUGAAUGUUGACAAAAUAUAAAUAAACAAAUUAAAAUACAAAAUAAAUCAUAACUACAAAUUCAAAUGACAAGUACUUUUUUAACUGUAAAUAAAGUAUUAAAUGAGUGAUAUUACGUUUCUUGUAAUAAUUCAUUCCAAAGCUACUGUAUAGUUAAAAUGAAGUUAGAAGAGGGUGUAACAUGUAGUGUACUGGUGGUGAGUGAAUCGUCAUUGAAGCAACAGAGGCUUGUGCUGGAGAGUGGUGGAACUCUAGUGUUGUAUGAGGGAUCCACCCGCUUGCGCUCCUGGCCGCUGCACGUUGCCAAGCUGAGAUCAGAUCUACCGAGUGGCGGAAUAAGUGUGGAAACAAACGGAGAAACGACAACGUGGCGCUGCGACGAUGAGGCAGGGGCGGCGGAGCUGUGCCGGGCGGCAGGGGUGGUCGGGGGAGGGGGUACGCUGUCGGGCGCCUCGCUCAGCGAGCUGCUGGAGGAGGCGGCGUGCGACGUCGACGAGCCGGUUGCGGACGCCGAGCGGCGCGUCAAGCAGCUUGGCGAGCGGUUGGCUCGCCUAGAUGCUCUUAACGUGUCUGGCAUGCUGGCCGCAGCCACCGAGGGGGGCGGAGCGCGCCUCGCCGCAAGCCUGCACGAGGGAAGCCUUUCGGGCGCGGCGUUGUCAGCCCGCGCGGCGCGGCUGGAGGCACUGACGCGCGCGGGGGCGGGAGUUAGCUCGCUAGCAGCGCGAGGUGGUGCGGCUCGGGCCGAGGCGGCAGCUCGCGCGCUAUUGGUCGAACUGCAGGAGAUCCACGCGUGGCUGGAGCCGCCCGCGCUGGCAGACAUUGACUCUCUGCACGAGAUAUCGCUUGCGACGUCGGAUGGGCGGGCACGUGCUGCGAGCGUGGCUGAGGCGCUGCGUAACGCCUUGCGUGCCGAACGGACUGCACCCCCCGCGCGACUGCGGCUUGCAGGGGUCCGUGACAGGUUGCGACGGCUGGCGCGCGCACGUGACUUGCUAACCGCCAGUCUGGCACGCCACCUCAACAACGCGUUAAUCCACUUGGCCAAUGAGGCUAGCGGACCCGCCGCCGCCACAGCAUCGCCGCGCCGACAUCACGCCGAGCUGACACCGUACGCGCCAUUCAUGCGGUGGCUAAAAGAAAUGGAUGAAAAAGCGUAUGAUGCCCUACUUAAGGUGUACGUCAGCACGUGGAGCAAGGUGUACGAGCGUGAGCUGACGGCCGCGUGCGAGGCCGCGCGAGUGGCGCUGACUGGGGUUGCGGCCGCGGGCGGAGCCGCGCAACGCACUGACCCCGCGCUCGACGAGGUGCUCAGCUUGAUGGAGACGUUGUGCAACAGUGAGCAGGACUUUUGUUCUCAAUUCUUCGCCCUAGACCUGGAUUGUAAGAGUGACAGUAGCGACGGCGAGAGAAGCGAACGAAGCGAGAAGAGCGAGGGCGAGCGAGUUGAGCGCCGUAUGUCGAGCGACACGCGGCGCGUAAUGGGUGAGCUUUUCCCCGCGCUGCUGCCGCCGCUCACGGCGCUGCUGACGCACCUGGAGCGCCAUGACCCCUACGGCGCGAUGCGUGCGCUUGCGUGCGUGAGCCGGCGCGUUCUUGGCGAGACUGAGACUGAGGGAGAGGCGCGCUGGUCGAGGGGGAUCUUGGCUGCACUAGCCGUGGCGGCCAAGCGCGCAGCCGACCGAGCCGUAGCAGAGCGUCUGGCUGCGCUGCCAGACGCCGUGCGCCAGGCCAGUAAAAAGCCCAAGUGCGGUAUAUUUAGCUUCAUCUCGGAACUGGAGGAGAUGAGCGCCGUGUGUGAGGAGAUAUUUGCUAAGGGACGCCGCGCUGAUCUGGACCGUUGGUACCUGUCGCUGUGUAGCUCCAUGGUGGCUGCCAUCGGUGCGGCCGAGCACCCGCGCACGCCUCGCGCCGUGCUUCAGCUCGAGAACUACCACCGGCUACACGCCGCCGUCAGCGCGCUGCGCGUGCCCGCCUUGGACGCUGUGCGGCGCGACACACGCGCCAAGUACAACGACGCGCUGCGGCACUACGUCACGCACUACUUCGGCCGCCCGCUCGACAAGAUCACGCAGUUCUUCGAGGGCGUGGCCGAAGCCGUCGCGGCGGGCGCCAGGGAGGAGGAGGUGUGCUACCGGACGGCCUACAGCAAGCACCAGCUGCGGAAGCUGCUGGCGCUGUACCCUGCGGCUGAGGUGCGAAAGUCGCUGCACCGGCUGUAUCGCACCGUGGAGAAACACCUGAGCUCGGAGGGUGGGCUGCUGCAGGUGGUGUGGCGGGCCAUGCAGGAGGAGUUCAUCGCACAGCACGUCGCGCUUCAGGCGCGCAUUGCGGCGUGCUACCCCGGCGCGGGUCUGGUGCUGCCGCUCUCAACGCAGGACAUCUUGGACGCAUUUUCAGACAUCGCCAGGGAGCACUGAGGUGCAUCCCGUUGACAUCGACCACUUGUAGCGCUCAUCUGUCGCGUAUGUGUAGUCGUUCCGACUACGGCGGACUUCCGAGUCCUUACUCGCCUCCUAACUCACAUAAAUGUCCCCUAUCACACCUAUGCGCUCCCGGAAGUGCGCAAGGUGAAAGCUACCCUUCGUGGCCCCCAAUAUGAGCUCCCCAGUGAGGUCAUACCGGAGGACCUGACUAAACAAAGAUUCAAGGCCGAGGCUGUACAGCCCAUCCGGAAAGAAAUACCCACUAGUGUUGGUCAUCCUAACCAAUGUCCCUGAAGCCAGGGAAAUCUUUAAAGAAACCUCUCCGUAUGUGGGCUAUCCAACAUCUGGGUGGAAGCUCCACAUAAACGGGGUUUCCCCGGACAAUGUCACCGCUGCCAGCCGUACGGCCACGCAGCGGCCAACUGCUUCGCCUCGGCAAGGUGCGUCAAGAACCUAGAGCCUCACACCACAAAGGACUGCAAACGCACUUGUGAUGCGAAGACUCCUCCCGCUUGCGUCCUCUGAGGGCAGGUAGGACAUCCCGCGAAUUACCACGGAUGCCCCCGUGCUCGUCGUCCCUGUAUUCCGUAGAAGCUAAGAAGCAGCCUUCUAAGCGAAGGAAGAACCUCCAAUUUCCCUUACGGCCGUUCCCAAUAUACUAUCUACAGAUAGAGAUAAAUUACUAAAUUCUACUGUCAGUAAUUAGCUGUAAAUAAUCUGAAGCUAUAUACCCGAUAAGUCAUUCGUAUCACCUUUCAUUGGGACGCGUGAAUUGCAAUUUCCAUAUAAACUUCUAUCGCUGGUAAGCUAUACGUCGUCCCAUUGACAGACAGCGUGUACGAAUGCAUCAGUGAAUCAUGAAAGUCAAGAGUGCAUAAACUGAGUGACAUGGAUGAGAUUUACGCCACAGUGGAGAAAUUAAACAUCAACGAAUUCUCCAUACUGGCUAAGAAACUCCGUUCAGCUAGGUCUGCCAAGGAGCGCCUCUAUGCGCUGGCUGAGCAUCACCAAUUGGUGACCUCUCUCGCUUAAUGUCCCAAACGCUUAACGCUCGAACGCAGACAAAGUAUGGAACGAAGGUCUAAUUUACAAACUCCACUCUCUAGGCCUCCUAAUCGGAUUAGUCCGCACAGUGGAUACUUCUUUCGUUUCAAACACGAAGGUGUCCUCUCCUCCCCACGCCUGCUCACGGCUGGGUUUCCACAGGCCUCAGUGCUCUCACCGCUUCUAUACAUAUCGUAUACCAACGAUAUUCCCAUCCCUAGUAAUGGAGUACAACUAUCUCUGUUCGCCGACGAUACCGCCCUCUACGUCCAUUCCCACAGAUAUCUUCAGUCCUCUCCAGGCUCCUACGCUCAGUUCAGUCAACCCGGAUAAAAGCUCAGCAGUCCGUUUCGAUCUUAAGCACAGACGCUUCUACCAGGAUCGACCCAUUCGUCUAUUAAGCUCCCCUAUCCCUUUCAGGUCCACAGCCUUGGGUGUGACCCUCGACUCUCAGACCUCACGUCCGGAAGGUAACCGGUACCGCCCGCUUCUACCUGUACCGCCUAAACAGUAUGUUAGGUAGACACAGUAGAAUGUCUUUUAGAAACAAGCGAACACUCUUCAAGGCUUGCAUUCGACCGGUAAUGACUUACGUCGCUCCAGUUUUCGCUCAUGCUAAACCCAACAUUAUUGACAAACUCCAAACGGUCCAAUUCAUUUUCUCUCGUAAGCCCUAGACUAGCACCGCAAUCCCCUGAUUAAGGAGGCAGCGGAUUAUACGGCUGUUGUUGCUGACAACACUGUCAAUACAAUGAUAAUUCCAAAGUUUUUCGAAUGUCAAGCAGCCUUGCAAAUAAACUCGGGUAACGUUAUACGACCGAUUAAACCAAUCGUAAGCAAAAUGUAUUGGGUUGUAAACAUUUUGCAUAUUCUUGAUUUAUUCACAGGUAUAACUUUAUGCCAAUUUUAUUUGUAAAGCCGCUAUUGUUAAUAUAUAAUAAUUAAUAUAUAUAAUAAUAAUUUUGUAGGGCAGUUCAGAUAGCACCAAGAAGUAAUUCAAAUAUAGCACAGUGAGUGAGAGUGAAUGUAAUUUUAUUCAUCAGUCCAGUUCAGCAGUCUACCGAAACUCUGUAAGAACAAAGCGAUUCACUCGAUCGUAUGACACGUGCAGUCAUUCAUAGAUUGAUAGAUGACGGCUAUAAUCUUGUAAAAAACGCAUAUAGCCGAAAUCCACUAAGUUUUAUGCAACUAUUCGCUUUCAAACUUAGCCGGAUUAUACUUCUUCACCAAUCGCCAUACUGUAAUUAUUAAUAUUUCAAUCUUAUGUCAAAUCACUGCACGUUUCAUACCAAACUAAACUUCAAUUUUUACUUAGGCAGUCCUGCCUCUUAUUGUGUAGUAUUUACAUCCUCUUUGUAGUACAUAGAUUUUGUAGUUCAUAGUAUUUAGUGUGAUUUUAAAAACUGCGAAAAUAAGACAUGCAGCGACGUCAAUGUUCAUUUCGCUCUAAUCGAAACUAAACCUUAUUUUCAAACAGAAAUAAGGUUGACUUUUUUUUAAAUACUUUUACAAUAUUGCGAUAGUUUAUUUUGUAUUGCAUAGCAGGAAGGGUUGUUGAUUAAUUUCACUCAUAAGUCAUUCAAUUCUGUAUUGGAUAUGGAACACAGAAGUUAGUACUUGUUUGAUCGAAGGUAAGCGACGUUAUGUGUGAUAUGAUACUUGUUAUUUAAUUAUUAUUAUUACAUGGUUUAUUUUGUUUAGAAAAAUAUACGAAACUAAUCUAA